AUGACUCACCGAUGUCCUUAUAUUAAAAAAUAUAUUGACACUGUUUUUGGACCAUAUCUUAAGGAAUUAAAUGAGUCUACAUUAAUAGAAACAUUACAAGAAUUUGUCCCUUCUAUAGAAACUAAUGAUUUAAUUUGUCAAUUACCAAAACUUAAUUGUAGUUAUUUGUUAACGUAUAAAAAUUUAGUUAAAUGGUGUAAUACUACAUUUUAUGGUCCUGAUUGUUUAGAGUCAAAAUUAAAUUCAAGUGGAAUAGAACCGCCAACAACAACUACACCUUCUCCUAAAACACUGCAAACGUUAACUUCCUCGACUUGA